CGAGCAUUUCGAGUAUCAAUUACCUCAGGAAGCAAUCCAAAAUGGCGUCAGAGAAAGCCCCUCUGCCCUUCGGGUACACCUUCAUGGCCGGCGCCAUUGCCGGGGUUUCUGAGAUUCUGGUCAUGUACCCGCUAGAUGUCGUCAAGACAAGAGUACAACUUCAGACCGGCAAAGGGGCCGGCGCCGAUGCGUACACGGGCAUGCUCGACUGCUUCCAAAAGAUUAUUCGCAAUGAGGGCUUCUCGAGACUGUAUCGCGGCAUCACCGCCCCGAUCCUCAUGGAGGCGCCGAAGCGCGCGACCAAGUUCGCCGCCAACGACAAGUGGGGCAAGUUCUACCGAGACCUGUUCGGCCAGCAGACCAUGACGCAGUCGCUCUCGGUCCUCACAGGUGCCUCGGCGGGCGCGACCGAGUCGUUCGUCGUGGUGCCGUUCGAGCUCGUCAAGAUCCGCCUCCAGGACAAGGCGUCGGCCGGCAAGUACAACGGCAUGGUCGACGUUGUGCUCAAGACGGUGCGCAACGAGGGCAUCCUGGCCAUGUACAAUGGCCUCGAGGCGACGCUGUGGCGCCACAUCCUCUGGAAUGCCGGCUACUUUGGCUGCAUCUUCCAGGUCCGGCAGCUGAUCCCCAAGGCCGAGACCAAGAAGGGCCAGACGGUGAACGACAUCAUCGCUGGUACCGUCGGCGGUACCGUCGGCACCAUUCUCAAUACUCCGCUAGACGUCGUCAAGUCACGCAUUCAGAACACGGUCAAGGUUGCUGGGCAAACACCCAAGUACAACUGGGCGUGGCCAGCCGUGGCCACGGUUGCCAGGGAAGAAGGAUUCGGCGCUCUGUACAAGGGCUUCAUCCCCAAGGUUCUUCGGUUGGGACCUGGCGGCGGUAUUCUGCUUGUCGUAUACACUGGAGUGAUGGACUUCUUCCGCAAGAUGAGGGACGAGAAGGCGUAAGGAGAGACCUGGAGGGGUGAUCUUUGCUUGGAAAAUUUACUGCCUUGUGCUGUAUACAAGUUGGAAGUAAGGUAAGGCAGAGCAAGGAUGGACGGAUCCUUGGUCAGCCUCGUUUAGACUAGACUCGCCGGAGAUAUCCUUUUGUUGGAGCUUUCGUCGCAACGUUCCGCAGUCUCUUCGUCUUGGGACAAGGACAACCUUAUAUGCCCACACUUCUAUCUCAUCUUGCCCGGAAGCAAUUUCGCUUCAUGUUGCAAAUAUUUGUUUUCUUGAGCAGAAAACCUUUCUUCCCAGUCAUGUCGUCUUCUCCUCUCCUCUCCCUCUAUUUCGAUACUUUAUGAAGUCUACUAGAAUUAAGGCUC